UUUUCUUUUUCUCUCUCUCCCUCUCUUUUUUUCUCCUCCGCUCCAUCUGCAGUCCAAAGUAGAGGCCUCCCGGUGGCAGACCCCUCGACCCCAUUGUUUUUGUCGAGUCUCGAGUCCUUUUCGACUCCUUCUCUACCGCCAUCAAUAUCCUCUCGACGCCAUUCUCGACAGCCCGCGUGCACGACUGCCAACAUUCGCUCGCUUUAUUUUUCGAAUUGAUGACAUAGGACCGCUGUUGAGGCUGUAUCUUCCCUGCUUUGCGCUACCAAGCCCACCCACCAUCAAGGGCCGUAUUCCGUACUAGCCUGAGUCGCCCCCGUCAGAUCGAUCACCUGCGUGCGGACCCGGUUUGGUUUCCCAACCGUUAGAUCUUUUGUCUUGUGUGCACGCCGGCUACGUGCGGCACUUGUUGGUUCUAAAAUUCCAACGAACUCUCCGAAACGGCACGCACACAUACACACCCCACACCCACUUGGAUCUGCAUACCGAUCGCAUAUACUUAGCUGCUCCGCCGCGCCAGCCCGGCUUCCCUGUCAACAUCAGCUACCUCGUCUCCGGAGCCUUACUUGGAAUCCUUUGCUGGACCACCUCGUUGGCCCCUUCUGAUCCUGCAGGACCCUCUUCGGUAACCAAAUUCGCCUCAUCGACUCCCGGCACAAUACGCCACCGAGAAGAACUUCUUGUCGUGGCCCCCCCGCGACCCCACAUCAGCACAAAUAAAAAAAGAUCACGGCCUCGCUUGCGGAGGCGCGGUCUUGUCGCCACUCGGUACCAGGGAGAGAUGAUCCCGAGGAUUUAGAACCUGCUUAAUAACAAACCCCGGCUUUCAGCCCAGCGUGUUUACUCUGGAUUCGCAUAUAGCUAUGGACGACCUUACAUUGAUUCAGGCCAACCAUAGCCCGCUGACCGAAGCCGUAUACUCGUGGUCCCAGCUUCUCUCACCACUUAUUCUUCUCAUCACUUUUAUAUUGGCUACAGCCCUCCAUGGGGUUUUCGCCAGCCAAAAAGAGGAGAAUGCUUUGCAGACGGAGGCCAAGGGCCCUGGCGGUCGGCCCCUACCUGUAACCAAGAUGCGCCGAAAUGCUGCUGGGACAGACAUGACAGAAUGUUCCUUCGGCCGUGCCUCUCGACGGACUUUCCAGGGUGCUACUACUUUGAUAGUCCUCUCGUUUGCCGCCAACGCAGCCAACUUGGCAGCCCAGGUCAUGGCCAACGCUGACCGUUUGUUACCAAAAACAUCCUACAUUGCGGAUAAACCGCCGCAACAAUGGUGGUGCCGGGAGGAGUCUUUUGUCUAUGUUGUCGGAACCGGUUCACUUUACGGCUAUGUACUGCUCACCCUGUUCGACUGGAAAGAUAGCCCUAACUUUGUUCACUUCCUGGUUUGGUCCGUCAGCCUGAUAACUGAUAGCGUUGUCCUCGGCGCGCUAUUUGCGCGAGUUUCGGAAUCCUACACGGUUACGUCGAACGAGAAUUUAGUCGGGCCAGCUGGAAACGAUAUCGCGGACCUCGCCAUCGGCGCUUUUCGUGUUGCUAAUUUGAUCGGCGUCUUGGCUCUAUAUCUGAGUCUGGCUGGGCGACGAACUUUCACGGUGGCGGAAAAGCGGGAGCAGGAAGCAGAGACACAGCCUCAAAGUCAGUCACAGGUGCAGAACCGCCGGAGGAGCGGAUCGCGAAGGAACCGUGAGAAUGGCAAUGACGAGAAUACCCCGCUCCUCGGCCAGCGUCAAACAUCACAAAACGGAUACGUCACCAUGAACGGCAAUGGCCGUGAUCGUGAGAACAGGCGUAGCAGUCAGAACGGCACGGCUAAUGCCGCUCAGGGCCCUGUCAAUGGACAGUCUGUUGGGCCGAAUCGCGAGGCCGAGGCAGCCUUCUAUCGUCCGAACAAGUUGCCACACAAGACUUGGUGGGAGUAUGCACGAGGAUACUCCCUCUUCUUUCCAUACUUGUGGCCACGAGACUCGAGAAAUCUGCAACUUGUCGUACUGCUCUGCUUCGUCAUUCUCAUCUUGCAGCGCAUUGUCAACGUUGUAGUGCCUAACCAGACAGGUCAACUGGUGAACAGCUUGCAAGACACGUUAAAUGCUGUCGACGGUCGCAGCAUGCCCUGGCGAGAUCUUGCCCUGUUGAUUGGAUCCAAAAUGCUGCAGGGGCAGUCGGGACUGUUGGGAUCUAUUCGGGCCAUCCUUUGGAUCCCUGUGUCUCAAUACUGUUACCGCGCGUUGACCACGGCAGCCUUUGAACACGUCCACUCGCUGUCUCUUGAUUUUCACCUCUCCAAGAGGACUGGCGAGGUCUUAUCCGCGCUGAACAAGGGGGCAUCCAUAAAUCAAUUUCUAGAACAGGUCACGUUCCAGGUCUUUCCUACCCUCGUCGACCUCUUUAUCGCCAUUGGGUACUUUGGCUGGUGCUUCAACAGUGUCUAUGCUGUCUGCGUCUCGGUCAUGACGUUUGCAUACCUGUUCCUUACCGUGCGCAUGGCGGCUACUCGGGCGGACCAGCGAAGAGAGAUGGUCAACGCAGACAGGGAAGAGGAGGCAGUCAAGAAUGACUCCAUCGUCAGCUAUGAAACGGUCAAAUACUUCAAUGCCGAGGAGUUUGAGUUUAAUCGCUAUCGCCAAGCCAUCCGCAACUACCAGGCGGCCGAGGCCAAUGUCACGUGGGGUAUCAACAACAUGAACAUCUGCCAAAACCUGGUUUUCAUGGUUGGGAUGCUGCUUCUCUUGAUUAUCGGGGCUUACGAUGUCGUAAUCGGUGCCCGGAGGAUUGGUCAGUUUGCGGAGCUGAUUACGUACCUGGGACAAUUGCAAGGGCCGCUGAAUUUCUUUGGCACGUUCUACCGGACCGUACAGCAGGCCAUGAUUUCCGGCGAGCGGCUCCUGGAGCUGUUCAAGAUCUCGCCUACGGUGGUCGACCGGCCAGGUGUUCGCUCUCUUCCUCCCAGCAAAGGACACAUCCGCUGGAACAAGGUUAAGUUCUGGUACGAUGGAAAGCGGCCAGCCCUGAAAGAUAUUUCCUUUGAAUGUAAGCCUGGCACGACGACUGCUUUUGUUGGCGAAUCGGGUGGUGGCAAGUCGACAAUAUUCCGCCUCAUGUUCCGGUACUACAACUGCCACGAGGGCAGCAUAGAAGUCGACGGCCAGGACGUGAAAGACCUCACCAUCGACUCGGUUCGGCGGGCAAUCGGUGUCGUCCCACAAGAUACAAUUCUCUUCAAUGAGUCUAUCAUGUACAACCUGAGAUACGCGAAUCAGAAUGCCACGGACGAACAAGUGUAUGAGGCUUGCAAGUCUGCAAGCAUACAUGACCGUAUAAUGAGCUUCCCUGAAGGCUACAACACCAAGGUUGGCGAGCGCGGUCUUCGGUUGAGCGGUGGUGAGAAACAGCGUGUUGCGAUUGCUCGGUUGAUUCUCAAACAACCACAAAUCAUCAUGCUUGACGAAGCCACUUCGGCCCUGGAUAGCGAGACGGAGCAACAGAUCCAGUCCCAGUUGAUUAAUGGAAACCACCUGGGCCAGGACCGAACGUUGCUGAUCAUCGCUCACCGGCUCUCCACCAUCACUCAUGCCGAUCAGAUCAUUGUGCUCCGGGCAGGCAUGAUCGCCGAGAAAGGCACUCACUCGGAACUCCUCAAGUUGAAUGGCAAGUACGCUUCCAUGUGGGAGAAACAGAGCAAGGCGGAGAGAGCCGCUUUGGAAGCCCGCGACGCUGCUCGACGAGCAGAAAAGCUAGCCCGGCAGGCCAAGUUUGCGAAAGUCAGUGGCAAGCAGCAGGAUCACACAGACGAUAGCGACGGCUGCUACGGCAACACCAGCGCCGGCUCAUCGACAGUACUUCAGGCAACGAAUGCACUGUCUGAAGACUCGUCAACGUCGGAUGAUGAUACACACAAAAAGCCCUCUAAUGAUAAUAAGACAACCAAUCAACCGCCCCCGCCAGAUUUAUAGUGGAGGGUUAUAUAACGUUUUGUACAUUGCUCUUUAGUUUUAUGGGUUUGCCUCUCUCCUUUUUUUCUUACUUUUUACAAACCAUUAUCCGACCCACAAGUCCGUAAUGUCCAAGCAGUACACUAGGGAAUCUCCCUAAACAAACUUUGCACACUUCUCGGGGCAUUACAGAAGCAUCUGCAACGAUUCCUCAUAUUCUCGACUCACGAGCGACGAUAUUUUUUACUCAUAACUUUUUUUCUUUUGUCCUUUUUUUCUUCUUUAUUUUUCUUUUUCUCUCUCAUAAAGCUUUUCAUUGUCUCUUGUCAUAAUUGUUUGUCAUAGCAUGGGCGGCGCUCUUAUCUGGUUUAUAUAAAAUGCGAUUGGGGAUUUCAGUCCCGGGAAAAGGUUGGGAUUUCACCUAGACGCCAGCAAAAAGGCCGGUUGUUCUAACCUUGUAGAUGACUGGGAUUCCAUUAGAGAUUCUCCUCAAACCUGUUUACCACUUUUUUUUUUCUAGCUUCGCUCAAGUCAAGGGAUGCUACAAUCUGGAUUAGAUUUCCAGAUCCUUGGUGAAU